AUGCGCCUCCAGCAGCUCGCAGCGCUGCUGGCGCUGUCGCAGGCGCUCGUCGCGCCGCCGCAGCGCCGCGCAACCGCGCCGACGCGCCGCGCGACCGCGCCGAGCCGCUUGGCGACGACCGUUUUGGAAGAAGAGGCCGACGAGGAGGUGGCCAGCGGCGAGUUCGUCUGGCGCGUCGAGGCCGAGGCGAUCCUCGGCGGCUCGGCGCCCGGCGCCUUCGUCGAGUCGGCGCCCUUCGCGCUCUGCGGCCACGACUGGACGCUGCGCGUCUACCCCGAGGGCCUGUCGCCGCGGCGCCGCGGCCGCUGCGGCGUCUACCUCCGCUACGGCGCCGAGGACGUCGGCGACGCCGUCGACGCGGCCUUCGAGCUGCGGCUCGGGGGCGCCGGCGGCCCGACCUUCAACACGGGCAUCACCUUCGUGCACCCGCUCGCCGCGGGCGUGCUCGACGGCGAGGCCACGGACUGGGGCGGCCACCUCUGCUCGUCCGAGGACGCGCGGGGCCUCGUCGGCGACGACGGAUUUUUGGACGUGUCCGUGGACGUGGCCGUCUUCGCGAGCUCGAAGUGGGCCGCGGGCGCCGGGCGCAGAUUCUCGACGUUCCGGCUGCCGCGGCGCGCCGAGGCGCUCGCGCGGCGCGUCGACUCGGGCCUGCCGCUCGUGCUCUGCCGCCUGCCGCGGCUCGUGCGCGCGGCCUUCGCGGCGCCCGACGCGGUGCGGAACGGCCUGCGCGUGGGCAACGUCGUCGUGCCCGUGCUCGCGGGGAGCCCCGAGGCGAGCGAGCGCGGCGCGGCGCCGCUCGGCGCCGACGGCCUCCCGAAACCGCCGACGUCGACGGCCGAGUACCGCGCGCUGCUCGCGCAGACGGCCUUCAUGCUCGCGGCGGGCCGCGAGGCCUGGGGCCAGCGGGUCGGCGACGACGGCGCGCGCGCGACGCUCGGCGCGGCGGGCGUGCUGCCGGGCGCGGACUACCGCGUCGUGGGAAUCACGCGCGCGGACGGGUCGCGGGCCCGGCGGCUGCGGCCGGGCGAGGGCCGCGGCGCCACCGUCGAGCUCUACCCCAUCUUCGAGGACCGCUUCCGCGGCGCGCCGGACGGCGGCUGGCCCGCGUCGCUGCCGCUCGGCGGCGACGACGUCGCGCUGCUGACGCAGCCGGGCUUCGCGGCGGCGACGGCGACGGCGGCCGCGUCCUUCGCGGCGACCUUCGCGGCCGCGGCGCUCUUCUUCUCCAACUGCUUCUCGCUGACGUAUAUUCCCACGAACUCCAUGGUCCCCACGCUCCAGCCCGGCGACGUCGUGCUCCAGGACCGCUUCUUCACGGGCACGGGCUUCGGGCCCUUCUUCAUCCCCCCCAAACGCGGCGACCUCGUCUUCUUCGAGCCGCCGCCGGCGCUCCGGGCCCUCGUCGAGACGGCGGGGGGCGGCGGCCUCGACAGCCGCCAGUUCGUGAAGCGCGUCGCCGCGGUCGAGGGCGACAGCGUCCGCGUGUCCAAGGCCGGCGGCGUCGAGGUCCGCGGCGUCCCCCGCCCGGGCAAGUGCCCGCCCAAGGUCGGCCGCCAGCCCGAGUUCGUCGAGGCCAAGGGGCGCGUGCCCCGCGGCACGCUCUACGUCCUCGGCGACUGCCCGGCCGCGUCCGUGGACUCGCGGUCCUGGGGCGCGCUCCCCGUGGACCUCGUCACGGGCCGGCCCAUCCUCAAACGUCUACACACACACACACACAUGGGGCGAUUCGUCCUCUUGCUCCUCGCGGCGACGGCGUCGGCCUUCGCGCCCGUGCGGCGGCUCCCGUCGCCCGCGCUGCCCGUCGCCGGGCGGUCCGCGCCGGCGCUCCGCCUCGACGCCGCGGCGCAGCGCCGCUUCGAGGGCGUCCUGGGCCGCGUCGUCGGCGCCGGCCCGGCGCGGGGCCCGCUGCGGCGCCUGGCCGCGGCCGUCGCGCGGCGGCGCGGCCCCCUCACGACGUUCCUCGGCCGCGUCGUCCGCGUCGCCCUGCGGUCCCUCCUCUGGGGCGCCGUCGUCGCGCCCGUGGUCGCGAACGCGCACCCGGCGUUGGCGUACGUCGGCUACGGCCGCGAGGAGGUGGACGUGCUGCGGUCCGAGAGCGGGUCCAUGGGGUUCGUCAUCCCGCUGUCCAUCGCGGGCGUCAUCGUGACGACCAUGCGCCAGGGCCAGCGGAGCAAGAAGGAGGUCAAGCGCAUCAAGAAGGCGUACAAGAAGGUGCAGGAGGAGGAGGCCGAGUACCUCAAGGUCGACGGCGAGGCCGAGAGCGACGCCGACAUCAUGGCCCAGCUCCGGAACCGCACGACCACCAUGGCCGAGGAGGAGGCCGCCGCCGAGGCCGCGGCGAACGCGCCGCCGGAGCCCGAGGCGCCGCCGCCGCCGGUCAAGCCCAAGCGCAUGACCAUGGCCGAGAAGAUCAAGGCCCGCGAGGCCGCCCUCGGCCAGAACCGCACGAAGCUCGGCUAG